CGUGGUUGUCAAUAAAUGUGCACUAAAGGUGUGUUUUCAUCAUUAUUUUCGACAGAUGUCGAACGCGGCGUGCCCGACAACGAUGCGACCCAGCUCCGUCCGCUACUGUCCCGGCCCCGGCGUCCCGGCCAGGGGAAUGCCAGUGGCCAAAACCCUAGCAGCCAGGGUAGCACUCAGGCUAGCCAGGGCCGGAACACCCCUAGUCCGGGGCAGGGUAACCGGACAACACAGGGUAGCCAGGGCCAGAACACCCCUAGUCCGGGGCAGGGUAACCGGACAACCCAGGGUAGCCAGGGUAACCAGAGCCCAAGGCAAGGCAGUAACUGCCAGGCUAGCCCUGUUGUCGGUCACGAUGUUGGAGUUAGAAAGGGAGCCGCGGUGGUUCCAGAGCGUCCUGCUCUCACUGUAGUCAUCCCACCACCACCAGCACCGGACUCCCAAGCCAGCACCCCAACCCCAACCCCUCAGACGGAGACAGCCACCUCGUUCCAGAAGAAAUGGCGCCGCAGCGACCGGCGCCUGCGCAGACUUAACACCGAACUGCUGGAGGCUAUUGAAACUCAUGAUAUCGAAGAGGUGGAAAGGCUGCUCCAACAUGGCGCCAAUCCCAACGCGACAUGUCGUCUGGGGAACGUAUCAGCGUGCCACAUGGCAGCUUUAUCAGGCGGCGACGCUAUGGCGCUGCUGCUGCGUCAUGGCGCCGAGAAACACCGCUUGGACAAGCUAGGCCGCACGCCGCUGCACUUAGCUGCCUAUGCUGGGAACUCCAGGCAGGUGGCCAUCAUGCUGGAUUUUCCUGAAGACAUGCAAGUUCGCGUGGAAAGCGACAUGUCCUCAGGCACGGAGGAAGACGUGAAGAAACUCUGCCAGGUCACCAGACAGCUGGUGAACGUGCGUUGCGACCUGGAGGAGGUGCACAUACUCGUGCCCAAGAACUGGAAGGACAAUAUUGAUCAUGAAUGCAAGGACAUCAGAGGAUCGCUCCCACUCUUCCAACCAGGCUGGACGCCUCUCCACGUUGCCAGCUCGUGCGGGCGGCGCCACUGCACGCGCCUGCUGCUCGCCGCGGGCGCAGAUCCCAACAUUCGUGACGUCAUGGGCCGCACGCCACUCGACGUUGCCGGCUCGGCAUUGUAUUUCGACCAAGAGAUUGAGGAGCAGCACUUCGUCGACGUCCUAAAAAUGCUCCUCAAAGCCAAAGGGCAGUUCCACACGAUGCGCAAAGAGAAGGGAGUGACCGACGUAGACACCCCUCUUCACACGGCAGUCAUGCUGGACAGCAAGGAAGCUAUAGAGCUUCUGCUGGAGGUUGGGGCACAAGUGUCCUGUCUGAACAGCUCUGGGCUCACCCCACUGCAUUUAUGCGUAAAGAAAGAGCAAGAAAUUGCUUUACAGGUACUAGCCAACUACGACUACAAACACGCCGACCCUCUGUCAGCUGUGGUUGACGUCAAAGAUGGGGAAGGACACACGGUGCUCCAAGCAGCUAUCGAAGCAGAGUGGGUGCCAGGGGUCUGUGUGGCAUUGGAGGCUGGUGCCGAUGUUACUCUCAGGGCUAAUGAUGGAGAGACUCCUAUCCAUUCAGCAGCAGCGAUCGGCAACAUCGAAGUCCUCAGCGAGAUCCUCAGCCUCGCCAAGCAGAGCAAGUUCAUCGACUGCCAGAACGAUGAAGGAGAGACCCCUCUAUUCAAAGCCAUCACCAACGGGCACGUAGACUGCGUCCGAGCGCUGCUCAAAGAUGGCGCUGCCAUCGACCAAACUCUACCAGGAGACAUUAAUGUUCUCCACGUCGCUGCAGACCACGGGCAUUUAGAAAUACUGAAAUGCCUUCUAGAAUAUGAUCAGAGCUAUCAAAUGUUGAACGUCCUAACGGCAGCAGACAGGAGAGGCAUGGGGCCGAUACAUUUCGCGGUGUCCGGCAACCAUUACGAGUGCGUCAAGUUCCUUCUUGAGAAGAACGCUGAUAUCCGGCUGAGAACAACUUGUAGCCCUCACAAAUCUUCCACUCCUCUCCAUAUUGCUGCUGCCAAGAACUACUCGGAAGUCGCUAAAGUUAUACUGGCUAUGGAUAAGACGACAAUACAUGAAGUUAACAGUAUGGGCUGGUUCCCUUUACAUACAGCAGCGCACCACAGCAGCCGCGAAGUUAUAGCUCUGUUGCUAAAAGAUGGCGCUAAUCUGGCCGGUUACACUGACGGCCCGAAGAAAUUCAGGAGAACAGCCAUCGACAUGCUUUUGAACAAUCUAUCUAAGCCAACUGAAUAUUUGGAAGAAGUUUUGGACACGUACAUCACUUCGACCACCCAGAACUUACAGGAGAAUGACUGUGUUGUUACAGUUGAUUUCGCUGUUCUCAUUCCCAAUGUCUGCGAAAUGGAACAGAUGAAAGUGAUUGAAGCUCUGCUAAAGACUGGAAACAGAUAUGGUCAGAGAAGGUUACUCGUACACCCAUUAGUUGAGAGUUUCCUCUUUUUGAAAUGGAAAGUUUUGCUGCCAUUUUUCUACACUAUUAUAGCGUUCUAUGCAUUUUUCGUCUUCUCGCUGUCUACGUUCGUGGUGUCCGUGUUCUGGUAUAAAGACACGGAUAAAGUAGCACCUGAAUGGCUUAGCCCCCAUAUAUGGGGGUACGUCGUAUACUCUGCAGUUUUUCUGGUAUUAAUACAGGAGCUCCUAUACAUGAACGUGAAAAGCAGCCGCUACUUCCUCCAACUAGAAACUUGGGUGAAGUUUGGCUCCAUCGGUCUGGCGACACUCCUACCUCCAGCCAUCACCAUUACCUCCUGGAUGGAGAGUGACUGGCCGCGGCAUGUGUCCACGGUGGCCUUGCUGCUGUCAUGGUUGGAGAUGAUGUUCCUGCUGUCCAGGUUCCCUAACUGGGGGUAUUAUGUGCUCAUGUUUGGGAAAGUCGCGUCUAAUAUUGUGAAGAUUCUCCUAACCUUUGGAUUCCUAGUCAUCGGUUUCUCAUUAAGCUUCAUGAUCCAGUUCCGAUCGACGGAACCCUUCGACGACCCCUGGUCAGCGCUGGUCAAGACCCUGGUCAUGAUGACCUCAGAAUUUGAAUAUGAGGCCCUUUUUGAUGACGGUCACGCCAAAACACUCUCGACAUCAAUAUCCGUGGUCAGAUUCAUGUUCGUUUUAUUCCUAAUUCUAGCGGCAAUCGUCCUCAUGAAUCUUAUGGUCGGUGUUGCGGUCAACGAUAUUAAUGACUUAGAAAUCUUAGGGAACAUAAGCAGACUUGCGAAACAAGUAGAGUUUCUAAGCACGUUAGAUGUAUUAGCCUACAAUAGGUUCUUUCAAACGGUAUUACCAAAAAGGCUGAAUAACCAUAUCAAGAAUAGAAGAAGAGUGUUAGGAACGAUUUGUCUGUGUCCAGGGAAACCUAGAUGGAGGCACUAUCAAGCACUACCCUCAAAGCUGAGAGACGCCAUUUUAGACAGAGCCCAAGCUCAAGAGAAGUUGAAGGAAGUUGAGAUGGAUUUCAAACAAUUUAGACAGAAAAUGGAUGAAAUGCAUGAAGUUCUUAUGAAGAGAGAAAAGAAGAAAAAUGUUUUCGCCAUUGAAGAUAGGCCGGUAAAAAUGAAACAAAGAUUUGAGGAAAUAAAUAAGCAUUUGAAAAAUCUAGAUGACGAUGUGGAAGAAGUUAAAGAUCAACUAGUAGAACAUGAAAAUACACAAACGUCCGUAAAUGAGCUUAAUGUUAAAAUGGACCAAAUGUCGGUAGAUAUAGAGAAUAUAAAACAGUUUUUGUUAAGAUUAGAAAGUAAGCUAAGCAAAUAGCUUGC